CCAGAAAGCAGGGAAAGAGGGAGAGAGAGAGAGUUAGACACCUUUUCCCAGAGCUCUGCCUUAGGCUGCCAUGGCUCCAUGUGGGCUUGCUGGGAUUUGCAGUCUCCUGCUGUUGAGCCUGAGCCUGACUGUGUUUUUCCGAGUAGAAGCAAUAGCUGGGAAGAAUGCCACACUCCGGCGGCAGAAGAGAGAAUGGAUCAUCCCUCCAACCAAACUGAUGGAGAAUGUUGACCACACCCACAAAGAGCAUAUUGCGAAAAUUCGCUCAGACUUGGACUCGAAAAACCGUGUUAAGUACAGCUUGUCUGGAAGAGGGGCAGACCAACCACCAGUAAACCUCUUCAUUGUAAACCAAGACACCGGCUAUGUUACAGUCACAGGAAUUCUGGACAGAGAAGAAUAUAAGCAGUUUGAUCUGACAGCAUAUGCAAGGUUGCCUGAUGGGUCCUUGGCAGAAAAUAAGAUUGAUUUAAAGAUCACGGUCCUAGAUCAAAAUGACAAUCCACCUGUAUUUCAGCCCCUAUCAGCAUCAGUAAGAGAAUGCAGCCAAGUCGGCACCUAUGUUGCGACAAUGAUGGCCAUGGACGCUGACGAGGAAGGAACCCUCAACUCACAGAUUGCCUACAGCAUCCUGAGUCAAGAACCUGCAGGGUCGGAGCAUGUGUUCACUAUUGAUAAAAUGACCGGAGCAAUCACUGUGAUGAAACCCAUCCUGGACCGAGAGGUCAUUGAUUUGUACACAGUCGUUAUCCAGGGAGUGGAUGGUUUUGGAGCUCCAGGUGGAAACACAGGAACUGGGACGGUACGCAUAGAGGUCCGAGACAUCAACGACAAUGUCCCUACGCUGGAGAAGGACUUGUACUCUGGAAAUGUGGAUGAAGGAACAGAAGACGUGGUGGUGGUGAUGAGAAUCAAAGCUCUCGAUGUGGAUUUAGAGAACAGCGAUAACUGGCUGGCAGUGUUUCACCUUGUGUCCGGGAACGAGGAAGGCCUGUUCACCAUCGAAACUGACCCACUGACUAACGAGGGCAUCCUGAAGCUGGUUAAGCCAGUGGAUUAUGAGAAAAUCAAGAAAAUCGACCUGGAUAUGCUGGUUGAGAAUGUUGCUCCUUUUGUCAAUGGAACUGCUGUAGCUUUGGGCUUGGAGAUAGAUUUAGCUGGACCAGGAAUAAGCCCUUCAGGAGCUGGAGGGACUGGUAUAGUCCCUAUUGGACCUGAUGGCCCAGCUAAGCCUGGCACAAAACCAGGCAUCAGCCCUGGGGUAAAACCAGGAACCAAACCAGGCACCAAACCCAGUCCAGGGCCAGGUAAAAAACCUGGGAAAAGUUACCCAAUAAAGAUUGCAGUGAACAACAAGCCAGAUGGCCCAGGCUUCCACCCAGAAGUGAAGGAGAUAUCAGUGCCAGAGGACCCAGAGGUGGUGAAAGUCCCCAUGGUGAUCGCCACCUACCCUGCCACAGAUGGAGAUACUGGAGAGGUGGCCGAAAAUGUAAGAUAUGCUAAAGGUCAUGAUCCUGAUAAUUGGUUCACCAUUGACGAGACAACAGCGGCGAUUAAACUAAACAAGGUGCCAGAUCGAGAGUCUCCAUUCGUGGUCAACGGGACUUACAAAGCCUUGAUCCUUUGCAUGACAGAUGAUAUGCCAAGUAAAACUGUCACUGGAACUAUAGUCCUAACUGUGGAGGAUUCAAAUGACCACUGCCCCAUGCUGACAAGCACUUACCAGAGUGCCUGCACCGAUGCCAAAGUUGUGAAUAUUUCUGCUUUCGAUGCAGACGACAAUGCAAACCCUCUGUCCUUUAGGCUCAUUGAAAAGGAAACCAAAGGAGCAUGGGAAAUGAAGUCGGUCGAUGACACCACAGCUGCUUUCUGGGCCAAGGAGCCCUUGUGGCCAGGGAUGUACCGUAUAACAGUGGAGGUGUCUGAUGCCCAGGGUUCAACUUGCCCAGACAGACAGACCAUGGAGGUGGUAGUGUGCACAUGUGACGAGGGAGGAGGAUGUGGCUUCAAGGCAGCAGCAAACAAGCAAACCAGCUCCUCAGUCAACGUGGGGAUGACCACUAUUGGUCUAAUGAUUCUUGGACUGGCGCUCAUAUUGUUGGUCCCUCUUCUGCUACUGUUCUGCCAGUGUGGAGCAGCGGCUGCACAUUUCACUGAAAUCCCCUUCAAUGCUAAAGAGUACCUCAUUCCAUAUCACAUUGAAUCAAAUGGAGAGGACAAGGAGGUCCCUCUCUUCAGCAGCCCAGUCACCCUUGCCAAUGCAGGCCAACCUGUAAGUGCUGUGAAUGUCGCUAAUGUUGCCACCAAGUCCUCAACGGGUCUGCUCGGUAAAAGCUCAGGAAGCUUCUAUGGAGAAGCCGGAGGGACAUUUCAUCAGGAGAUGAUGGGCGGUAUGCAGGAGACAGACUACCAUGGAUUCCAUCAGAAUUCGUUUGGCUCAGGGAGGAGGCAGGAACUUUAUACUUCUCAUACCCACAUGGAGAGAGACAUCUUUGAAGGGAUUACACUACCUGAUGAUUUACUUCAUGGAUAUUAUUCUCAGAAGGCGAUGCAUGAAACUCAAAACAAAUUAAAUGACUGUCUGCUGGUGUACAACUACGAGGGGCAGGGAUCUCCUGCUGGCUCCGUGGGAUGCUGUAGCCUCCUUGGGUCUGAUGAUGACCUCGCCUUCCUUGACAAUCUGGGGCCAAAGUUCACCACCCUUGCCCAGAUCUGCAAACCCCCAAAACCUAUUGCUGUAAGCAAGGUUGCAUCUCUGCAAACCGAUGUCAAGAGAGAAAGCUCCAUCUCUACCACCACGACAAAGGUUGCCCAGAGUCCUCCCCCACUGCCUCCUAUCCAACCAACAGUCACUGAUACCACCAGGACCAUCAGCAGCUCUGCUACACUUCCCAGAAUGCACCUGAGUCAAACUGUGCCUACCCAGACUGUGUUAGUGCAGCAGCAGCCCCUGUACUACUUAGUGGAGCCACAGGUUCAGCACAGAGUAGUACUGGCUAAGAGACCUCCCGUGGGACUAGGUCAGGGUGUACUUCUGGUCAACAGUGGGCCUGUGAUACAGGGAGUUAUUCCUUCCCAAACAACCACCCCAACUAGCCCCACACUACUGCUUCAGGGUGGUCAGACCCUUGUUCAACACAGCACUCUCCCAAGGGUGACUACUGCUGGGUCACAUCGUGUGGUGCUGGUGCAAAGGCAGCCAGGGGACGUGGCAGUGGCGCAGGGCCAAACAUUCACCCAUGCUCCCCAGCAGAUAUAUACCCCCGCACAAGAGAGGGUGGUCCUACUGGACAGGCAGGUAGGAAAGAAGCCAGAUGCCCCCGAAAGCAUCAGGACACUGUGGCCAACAGGUCAGUUCAAAAGUCCAGCAAUACCAACCUAUGAAAGUGGUCAGCUGAGCAGCGAGAGAGUUAACAUGGUGCAGAGCAACAUCACCCAUGUUUCAAGGCCACAAUCCCAGCAAUCACUUUUCAGCACAAGGUUCACUGAGGGCGUCAGCAGCCCUGGUCUGGCCCCUGCAGGAUUACCCAUGAGCCCUUUCCCAAGCAUGGGAGUAGAGGAGACCUUUUCUGUUUCUACCAUUCCCCAAGUUCCUCCUAUAGCAACUGGAACUGUGAAGGAGUUAUUUGAGGGACCCAGUGUGCCUGCUGUGGAUGAUCUGGUCACAUACACAACCCAACAAGAGGAGGUCUCAGAGGAGAUACAAGGGAUUGAUUUGGCAGAGGAGCAUGUGGCAGUGGUGGUUGAAUCUGACAAAGCUGAAUUUCAACUGGAGAUAGACAGCACUGAGAAAGUCACAGUUAUGUCUGAAGAUGUGUCUAAUGAACUUGGUGGUCCAGAGGUGGAAGCCAUUGUGGACCAUAAGGAAAGCCUACCUGUCUCCUCGCAGGCCUUAGAUGUGACCGCAUCACCAGAAAUGUCAGAGACUGAGAAGGACAUUACCCACCACAUAGUCCCUGAAGUGACAGCGGGGAAUUUAAUAGAAACUAUACUUGAAGAAACAGAUGCGGGGUGGACAGUGGAUGAGUAUGCAUCUGACACAGUUCUUCUCUCUAAAAUAUCACCAGGGGACACUGACAUCAUUGAUCUGGUAGCAGACCAGAUCAGUGCUUCACACUUACUGCAAAGUGAGUCAAAGGAGGUAUCUGCAACCCAGGGCACACAUGCUGAGGAGAUUGAAGAUGAGGUAUCCAGCAUGACACUGGAAGACAAUAUUGAAGCAGAAGAAUCAGGCCCUGGGGAUGGAAAAGCAAGCUAUGUCGAUGGACACUCAGAAUUUACUCCUUCAACAAACAUUACCAUUUCACAUCAAGAGACAACUGCUGUUUCAGAGACUGAAAUAGAGCUGGAUACAGCCAAGAGCCCUGGCCCAGUGGCAUCACUGGAUAUGUUUCAGGGCACUGAACCAGCAGAGAUAGAGGCUUUGGAGAUUACUCACCUACAAAUGCAGCAGGUUACAAGAAGCCAAGUGCUGGUGAAGACCGCACUGGAGGAAGCCAAAGAUGUGGCCACAGAGAGUGAUGGUGUAAUUUUGACUCAAGUAGUAUCAUCUGAGAUGGAGGGGGUCACUGCAGAAAAAUCUCUGGAGUCCAAUGCUGCCUCUCUGGAGGAAGAGAGGGAAGUGGAAGAGAUAAUUGAAUACAUUGGACUAAUGCCAGAGAGUGAAACAUCAAGACAUGAUGAGGAGGAGCAUCAAGACCUACUGAUUGAGGAAGGCUCUAAAGUGGAAGACGUAGAAGCAGAGAAGUCAAUGCAAGAAGAGAAGGAUCUCUCUAGUCAUGAACAGCUGUUGAGAGAAGAGGAACUUGGUUCCACACUGGAUGUAGAGAUAUCUAAUAUACCUUUGAGUGAAGGUGAGCAAGACUUAAAGGGGGAAUCUUUGGAUGCAUCUGAAGACCGAACAGAAAAGAAUGAAGAUACACAGGAGCCCAUUGAUGAAGAAUCUCUGGAGCCCAAUGUUGUGGAGAUGCAGAUAGUAGAUCCAGCCUCUGUGGAAGAAGAACGUGAGGUGGAAGAGGUAAAGAAAUACACCGGACAAAUGCCAGAGGCUGAAACAUCUAGUCAAGAUGUGGAGGAGCAUCAAGACCUACAGAUUGAGGAAGACUCUAAUGUGGAUUUCCCAGAAGCAGAGAAGCCAAUGCAAGAGAAGGAUCCCUCUAGUCAUGAACAGCUGUUGAGGGAAGAGGUGGUUGGUUCCACACUGGAUGUAGAGAUGCCCAAUGUAACUUUAAGGGUAGCUGAGCAGGACUUACAGGGUGGGUCUUUGGAUGCAUCUGAAGACCAAUCAGAAAGAAAUGAAGAAGAACAAGAGCCCAUAGAUGAUGGGGACAUGUCUGACUCAGGGAGUAUGUCGGUACAGUGCUCCACAGCCUAUUCAGAACAAACAGAUGAUUUGAGUGAGUCAGAGUGCGUAGAGGAAGAUGGAUAUGAUGAAGCAGUAUUAGAUGCAAAUGUCACACCAGUUAAGUCAGAGGGGGUGCAACCAUGUGACGAUGAGGACAUGAUGCUGGUGUCCGUGGAUGCACAGCCUGCUGCUCCUAUUGAAUCUGAGAUGUCCAUGCCAACUGUGAAAAUACAGGCAGAAUCAGUGGUUGAAGAAUCACCUGAGCAUCCUGUGCCAGAUGUAGCAGGAGUAGAGGAGGCUGGAGCUUCCUUAGUGGCUGAAGGAGAAUUAGUAGAGGCUACAUUUGGACUUGACAAAGUCACAGAAGCAGGGAUUGAUUUAGAGGUGGCAACAGCAGAACAGUCAGACCAUCAGACAGGCACAGAGGGAGAAGAGGUUCAGACUGAGUCUGAAGGUGUGGCGGCAGAGACAUAUGAGUCUGAGGUGAGCACAGAAUCAGAUAAUGGUGAUGCCGAUGUAGAAAGAGAACAAGCAGAGAGAAUAGUGACCACAGCAGUAUCUGAUGAAGCAGAGGAGCCAGUUGGCUUGGAAAUAGCAGCGGAAAAGCCUGAGACAGAAGCUGCACUAGAGACAGAGCAGGCCAACCCAGAGUCAGUAAGUGUAGAAGCAGAGCAACAGCGAGCUGAACCACAACCAAGGAGAAUAGAGAUGGAGAUUGAGGAAUCAGAGAAGACUCUGGAGAUUCUACAGACACUGGAAGUGACAGAAGACCUAGAUUUACAAACAGAAACAGGGGAAGUUAGCAGUGCCUAUCUGUCUGCUGAGGUAGGUGAGGUUUUGCACAGUGUAGCAUCUUCAGAAGAGAUGGAAGCUGAUUCCCCCAUAGCUGAGAAACCAGAGGAGGAAGAGGGGCAGGGGACACUACCCCAGGGGCAGGAACUGGGGGCUACAGCUGAAGUCAGUUCCAGCAGUGUGGGUAAAAAGCAGAAAAAAGCCAGCAAGAAGGCAUUAAAGGGACCCAAAAGCCCAAAGAGUCCUAUGGGGAAAUGCAAACAACAGUAAGCAAUACAGCAGAGAGCCUAGCUUUGAUCCAUUUGAUGGCUCGUAUGCCAGGAUAGUUAGAUGGUUUUUAUGUUUUCUGCUAGCCAUUUUGAUCACCUGAGCCUCAACAUUACAUCGAUUCAAUGGUAAAUACUGCCUACUCGUCUAGUUUUGGGUACAUUUUUAAAAAUGGGUUUUUUGCUAAUGCUAAUGUUAGGUUGAGUCAUUUUCUAUAUCUAACCCCUAGAAUUUCAGAGGUUUAAAUGUUUCUGAAUGCUUGUAUAAGCUUUGAGAAUUCUUCAGAUAUAAUGUGGUGUAUGGACACUCUUUCCAUGACAAUGUGAUAUUUAAAGUUAGGCAAGCACUCACUUGUAAUUGGGGUUCUGUAAAAUGGGUUUUAGACAUGAGCUUCAGAUUUUUUAUCAGUUGAACGCCUAUUUUUUAUGAGCGUUCUGCUUUUUGUCUGGGAAAUACAUUUCCUUUUGUUUGCUUGAAUCUGAAUAAAAAAUAUAUUGCACUCAAUAAAAAAACAUAAAACCA